AUGCUUGGACAUAAAACUGGCGUAGCUAAGAGAAUCCAGGAAGUUCAGCCCAAGGCUCAUGCCACUCACUGUCAUGGACAUUCAUUAAGUUUGAGUGUAAAGGACACAGUAAAAAACUGUAAGUUGCUCCUAAAUACAAUGGACACAGCAAAAGAAGUCGUAACCCUCAUAAAAUUUUCUCCAAAACGGGAGACAUAAAGGAAAACCUUGAUGAACAACCUGCAACCGGAGGUGUCAUAAGCCUUUGUCCUACAAGAUGGACAGUGCGAGCAAGCUGCUUUCAUCGCAUCAUAGAUAAUUACUCAGCUCUUCUUCAGGAGUGGAUUGUGUGUCUUGACCAAAAGCUACAGGCAGAUGUACGUGGCAGGAUUAUUGGAUGUCAAGCCCAAAUGAAUACCUUUGACUUCUUCUUUGGGCUACAUUUGGGUGAG